UCCGCAGGUGUCCUCCGCUCAUAGAGGCGCAGGGCGGAGAGAAGGUGAUCAAUCUCCAUCCGUCUCCAUUAGAAAUCACCUUAACACUCUGACAGACAACGACAAGCCCCCUGAAAGCAAAUGAGUUUGAUUUAUUUGGCUGUUAAAACCCCCGGAACCGCACCGAGGACGCGGUGACGCCCCGUGUGCUGACAACCUGCCUGCGUGUUUCUCCGCGAUGCUGCUCGGUUUGCACACCGUUGUUUGUUUCUGAGCAAGUUUGCUGCAGCUGCUUCUCCGGUUUUGUGCCCUGCAGACUUCCUACUGUUGGAUAAUUUACUGCUGCUCGCCUCGUGUGGCCCGAGAGCUUCGGGGGAAGGAGGGAAACAACAAGUGACUUGGAUCGGCCCCCUGUCCCGUCAAGCUGCAGCACCGGGGGAAACCGAACCACUGGCCUGAGCUGGGUGGAGCAGUGACCGCCUGUAGCAUGAUGUCCUACCUCAAACAGCCCCCCUACGGCGUCAGCGGCCUGGGGCUGAGCGGCGCCGCCGUGGACCUGCUGCACCCCUCGGUGGGCUAUCCAGGUGUCGUCUUCUCCACAGCGACCCCCAGGAAGCAGCGGCGGGAGCGGACCACCUUCACACGCUCCCAGCUCGACGUGCUGGAGGCUCUGUUCGCCAAAACCCGGUACCCGGACAUCUUCAUGCGGGAGGAGGUCGCUCUGAAAAUCAACCUCCCUGAGUCCAGAGUCCAGGUGUGGUUCAAGAACCGGAGGGCCAAGUGUCGCCAGCAGCAGCAGAGCGGCAGCAGUGCCAAAGCCCGGCCGCCUAAGAAGAAGUCUUCCCCGGCCCGGGAGAGCACCGGCUCAGAAAGCAGCGGCCAGUUCACUCCUCCUGCAGUCUCCAGCACAGGCUCUUCGUCCUCUUCCUCAUCCUCCACCAAUCACACAGGCCCGGCGGCACUUAGCAGCACCUCUACCUCCAUCAGCACCGUCUCCUCCAUCUGGAGCCCUGCUAUCUCCCCCGGAAACGCUCCUGCUCCCGCUGUGGCGCCACUCCCUGAGCCUGGACCGCCAUCUAAUGCCUCCUGCAUGCAGCGUUCGAUGUCGGGCUCCGCCGCCGCCGCCACCUCCUACCCCAUGUCCUACAACCAGACACCAGGCUAUGGUCAGGGCUACCCCACCCCCUCCAGUUCCUACUUCAGCGGCGUGGACUGCAGCUCCUACCUGGCACCCAUGCACUCCCACCACCACCAGCUCAGCCCCAUGACGGCCUCCUCCAUGUCAGGCCAUCCUCACCACCACAUCAGCCAGUCAUCAGGCCACCAUCACCACCACCACCACCAGGCCUACGGCGGCUCGGGCCUGGCCUUCAACUCCUCCGACUGCCUGGAUUACAAAGAGCAGACUGCAGCCUCUUCAUGGAAGCUCAACUUUAACACCACGGACUGCUUGGACUACAAAGACCAGGCCUCCUGGAGGUUCCAAGUCUUGUGAUCAAGCUUUCUUUUUCCUUCCCUUCCUGCUCCUCUGCUCCCUCCGUUUUCCAGAUUAGCAUACUGCCUGUUUUUAAAAACUGUUUAUGAACUGUAAGAAGAUAGCAGCAGGGAUGCUCCGUACCUGGACCUUGUUUAUCCUCCCUGUCUUUUUAAAAUUUAAAAAUAAAGAAGAAGAAGAA